AAGCAGGGCAAUGCUGUUCGAUUGGACAUUGUCUGAGUUGGGUGUUCCAGAUAAAGGUAAAGUUUGUGUACAAUGUACAAAUUGUGAGGCAAGCAUCAAAUGUGAAGACUGUUUUGCAUUUUUGUGUCACAUUUGUGACCAAAUGCAACAUUUUCUCAUGCCUUUCCACCACAGAUUAUAUUGGAAAAAUGGCUUUUAUGAGCCAUUAGACCCGACACAAACUGUGUGCCCUGAAGGAAAUAUCUUUCACUGGAAACCUGUUGUACCAGCCCAACCACCAAAUUCUUGCCCCAACUGCACAGAUUGCAAGUUUAAAAUUUCAAGCUCCAGCAAUCUCUGCAUCUUCAUCACUAUAAUGGGAAGGUAUGACCUCUAUAUUCCAAUCUAUACAUGCCACUGUGGAUAUGAGCAUCAACAACUAGGCAAGACCAUGCACAAGUCUGGUUUCUAUUCAUCAUUAGGAAAGAGCAGCACAUUCUACAGCACCAGUCUGCUUGAAUCAUGGCACCAUAUAAAAAGAAAUUGUCCCGGAACAUCAUUUCGGGCAUUAGUCACUGCACUGGAAUCCUUUGGUGCUUCUCGUGGGCGUAUUGGACCCAUUAAUUAUAUAACUUCGAAGAGAGUGUUCUUCGAAUGGCGAUUCCAGCAAUAUGAGCUGAGAAAAAUUAGAGGAGAAGCUGACAAUGAGUGUCCUGCUUGUGAUAAAAUGCCUUUAGCAGUACAUAUUGAUGGCAACAAGAAGCUGUAUCGCUACAACAAAGUUGGGAGAGGUAUCAGAAACCCCUAUUAUUCUGAUAGUAUCUUCAGCAAAGAUGAAGAUGUUCAAGCUCAUGUUGGCACUAUUCAGAGCUUGAAAACUAAGGUAUUGUAUGGAGGGCAGUGGCAAGAAGGAAGUGGCAUGACUUUAGGGGAAGAGGCAGAGCAAGUGUUUGCAUACCUCUCACGAUACAACUCUACAACUAAAAACAUGCUGAAAGCUAGUAUUUGUUUAUAUGGUUCAUCUGAUCAAGCCAGUGAGACGGAAAUAACAGUUUCAAAUGAGAUCGACAAACUUGAUGUUCAAAAGUCAUUGAUUCAAGAAUGGCGAUCUGACCUACAAAUGAUUUGUAAGGAGUUAGAGUUAAACACUGGAACAACCUCGAAGAACAUAAAAUAUUCUAUCGAGGCAGUUGCAGACUCUAUCAGGCAUCGCAAAAAUCUGAUUGCCACUGAUGCAGCAUCCAGUAAAAUGCGCUCUUCACUCCGGCACAGAAAUGAGUGUGACAGGAAAAAGCUUCAAGGCUUCAUAAAAAUCUACAAUAGUGAAAACUCUGAAAUUCUCAGUGAAAAGGAUGCAAUAGAAGGUAUCCUGCCAUGGCACAAUUUAUUGCCUCAUCAUAGCCAAAAUGUGUCCCUUGCUCAAAAAAAGAAGGCAGUAGAAGAUGUGGAGCUUCAGAAGAGAUCCAGAGAAGAGCAACAACACACUGUUCAAGAAAUGCUGCAUUAUCUCGCAUAUUACAAGAAUAAGAGAGAGAUUUUAACCGAACAUACUGAAGAGUUGUUAUGUGGAAUUUUUCCUUCAUAUCUAAGCAAGGAUCCUAACAAGUACACUAUUGAAGAGAAGCACCUAUCAACCAAAAAUAAGAGUGGAAUCUUGGCUCUUUUGAAGCAAGGGCAAAAGUUGUGUUCUGACAAGCUGAGUGAUGCAAAGCGUUUAUUUGGAUACCAGGAAGAGGAUGUUGAUGUUUCCGAGCCCUACCUGGAGCUUUGUGACAGUGAAGAUGAUGAUGAUGAAGAUGAAGAUUUACUACUAAACUGAUGAUA